GCCAUCCGUAACGCCAAACGCGCCUUCUUCGAACAGCGCAUCCACGAUGUCGCCACCAACAAUGCCCGGGUCUGGGACCUGACAGCCUGGUAUAAACCACGGCGGUCGGACACUGCUGAUAUCGUUGACUCCCUAGGCAACCCAAUCCUCACCCCCGAGGAUCCACGCGACAACGCCGGCCCGACCUUCCAUUCUGCGGAAGGUCGGCCCGUAGACCUCACCAUCGUCGACUCUAUGCCGGCUCUCCCGGCCCGCGACUGGCCGCCCUUCUCCCGUCAAGAGCUCCUCGACUCUCUCCACGCCACCAACUCCCGGUCCACCCCCGGCUGGGACCACAUCACGUGGAAAUUCCUCAUGAUAAACUCGGGGCUGUGA